AUGAUGGCGCCUUUUAAGAUAAAAAGCUAUUUUCUUCUGAUUGUAGCAGGCCUAGUAGGUUUUGCUGAAAUUAGGCUCUAUUUAAGGGCAUCAGACGCGCUAGUAUUAAGUAAACUGCAGUCCGACACAUUGGAGUGCACAGACGAGGGAAGAACAGCCAUUACAGUGGACAGUGUGGGAGCAGAAGAUGUACAAGCCAACUUAUGCUCUAGUAGCACAAGCAAUAAAAAGGAUUUGUAUGAAAUCUUAGAAAAUAUAAAAUCUGAUCUGGAUGCAUUGUGCAUAUUAGAAAAAAGGACAGAGACAGAAAGUUUAGAAAAAAAAGAAGAGAAAAUUGUUCCUGCGCUAGACUCAAAUGAGAAAGAAGACCAGGAUAGUGUGCAAACAAAGGAAGAAGAUUCAAGCAUACUAGAUGAGUUAGUGGAUAGUGACUUAUGUACAUGCAGCAUUUCUAUGCCGCAGCCUGAAUCGGAACCAGGCGAACAAAAAAGCCCCACAAUUAUAGCAGAAGAAUCUGACAAUGGCAUAGAGAAUGCAAGACUGGCUGUCUAUAUAGCUGAAGAAGAGUACGAAAAGGAGUUAGAAAUGAUAGAAGAGAUGGAUACUGCUGUUAAUUCAGCUUCCAGGGUCUUUCAAGAAAAGAAUAAUAGCUUAAAAACCAUUAAAAGUACAUACGAAGAUCUUAUUGAUGUAUACAUUCUUUGCUAUGAAAAAAUAGAUGCUAUAAACAGAGAAAUCAAUGCUUGCUACAAAGCCAAUAAUCCUCUUGAAAUACCAAUUGGCCUUGACGCUGAAUACGACAGACAAAUAAAAAGAAUCAACGCGCUAUGUGCAAAAAUAGAUGCUAUAGAGAUGGAUCGAAAAAUUAUGAAUGAUAUGCACCUAUUAGAGCUUAGUUAUGCAAAGAUGCUAAAAAAUAUGAUGCACCAGUCAAUCAAUGACUCCUUAAAGUACUAUUUAAAUGAAGUAAGGGUAGAAAGACAUGCCAUCCAGGUUAUAGAAUGUACUUUAGAUAUGUUUAAAAGGCUGCAUGCCCGAGAUCAAUUGAUGUGCUCGGCGCGCGAGAAAGAAAUUGAGUAUUUUAAAAAGGAUGAGGAGAGGACCAACCGGCUAAAAAAGCUGGUUGAAUUGCAUAGAAAGUACAUAGUGUAUGUGGAGGGGGGAAUUGAUGUUAUAGAAAAGAUAACCAGCAUUCAGAAAGAAAUCAUGCCAGAAACAAUCGAAGUAUAUAAUGCAUAUAAUGCAUAUGAUAUAGCAAAAAGCGCGUUUGAAAGGCAAGAGAUAAAUGUAAACAGAGCAGAGAAGGCUCUGUGUAAAGCAGAGAACAAGCUGAGGGAAUAUACUUUAAGCGGAUCUCAAUACCGACUUGUGACCCGAGUUUAG